AUGUCAUCGGGAAUCCAAUCAUUAUUGAAGACUGAAAAGGAAGCAGCUGAAAUUGUCAAUGAGUCUAGAAAAUAUAGAACUCAACGUUUGAAAUCGGCCAAACAAGAUGCUCAAGGUGAAAUUGAUGCUUAUAAAAAGAAAAAGGAACAAGAGUUGAAAGCUUAUGAAAAAGAACACGAAGGAUUAAAUGAACAAAUUGAUAAAGAAGCCGAUGCUCAAGUUGAAAAAGAAUUGACAAAUAUUAAAGCCAAGUAUGCCGAGAAGAAGGAAGCUGUUAUCAAAUUAUUAGUAGGUGCUACUGUUAAACCAACACCUGAAUUACAUAUCAAUGCUGCUAAAUAA